AUGUCGGCGCAUCAAUCUUCAUCAUCGGGUAAUUCAAUUGUUAAUCAUCCAGUCGCCACCGGGACGGCGACCCAGGUGGGAUCGACUUCACAAGAUGCCCGACGGCAGUCGGAGAUAUCUGCGGAAAUACCCGGAGAUCAACGGAUUGAGGAACAGACACUCCCCCAUCCUGAAUCACUAGGACUCCAUCUUGGCGGAAGGAAUUCAUACCUCAGACGAUUCAGAAAUGCACUCGGCCUUGACAAUUUCAGUGGAUCAUCCUCUAUGAUCUGGUUCUGUCCUGCCUAUGUGAUCGAUUGGGGUGUCGGUCUUGCCGCUGUCAUUGUCUCAAAGUUAUACCUUGAGACAGUUUCACCAUAUCAACGAGACUUAUCAGUUUAUUAUCACAACAGUGACUACCAUUGGUCUUUGAGAUCAGAACAAGUCCCCGACGAAUGGCUGCAUCAUCUUUCGGUCACUUUGCCAGUGCUUCUACUGAUUAUCCUCACAUUGAUUGCAUAUCCUCGAGGAGGGAUCCAUUUGGUACCAAUGCUCCACCAUUCUCUGCUCGGUCUUUUGACGGCCCAUGCGUUUUCGAUCGUUCCGACGGAUAUUUUGAAAGUCUGGAUCGGUGAACUGCGACCGGACUUCUUUUCUCGUUGUGCCUAUUCAGAGGAUUCCAAGAUCUGCAAACCGUUCUUCCAUAAUCACAAGCUCAUGGAACACGGCCGAAAAAGCUUUCCCAGUGGACAUAGUAGUACGGCCUUUGCAGGCCUUACUUUCUUGUCCCUCUGGAUCGCCGGUCGUAAUGGUGCCUUUGCUAUCGGCGGCGAUGGUUUACGAGCGGCAGGGCCAUUACAGAGUCGGCUGCUUAGGUUUCUUGUUGCUAUCAUUUGGCUUUUGAUCGCUCUAUGGGUCGCUGUGACAAGAAUUCAAGACCAUCGACACCACCCCCGAGAUGUGAUAGUCGGCGGUAUAAUCGGAAUCGUGUCCGCGUCGAUCGGAUAUUCAUUCUACUUCCCCUCGCCCUUCAAGGGCUCGCUACUCGGCGUCACAAUGGGCAAACCGAGAUUAGUUUACGAUCAUGAUACUUUGUCCCACAAACAAGCCAUCCGAGGACAUCACUCGCCCAGAGUUGAAGACAAUAUACCGGUGGCAGCAGCUGUCUAG